AUGGAGUUGAGGCCUCCGGGCAACGCAGGCGUGGAUUUCGAGGGUCCGGAGAAGAGAAACCGCGGAUCUCACUUCGCGGUCCAGCAGGGGGUGGCUCUCCAGCUUCCGGACGCGCUGGGGCCCCUCCUCCAACCCCGGCGGCCAGGUGGGCGCUUCCUGCCGCCCCGAACAGGCGUCUCCCAGCCCCGCCUGGCCGGGCUCCCGCGGGCCCCGGUCGGGCAGCGGCGCCCAGAGCGCGCAGAGGCUGGGCGGCCGCCGCGUUCCGGCCUCGAACCCGCCGCCCCGGCUCCAGGCGCGGCCCGAGCUGGCCUGGUUCUGCUUCAGGACCCCUGCGAUGUCAGAGGUCGACUGAAUAACGCCGAAGGCUGUUUUUCUUUCCCGAAGCACACAGUGAAGAAGAAACAGACUCAGAGGUGCCUCUGCUGCAGAUGUGAGACAGAAAGAUCCAGACAUGGGCUGCUGAGUAUGCCGGGGCUCCAGGGAAAGGAAAGAGCAGGAGCUCCAUAUAACAGUAGAGGCUCCAGCCUUCUCUCCCAUCAUCUCAGAAGCAGCACCGAGGCUAUGGGCUCAGGAAGACCUAAGGUGGAAGCAGACAUGCUGCUUACUAGCUGUGUGACCAUAGGCAUGUAAUGUAGAUCCUCCCUGGAAA